UCUUUCGUGGGGUGUCAUCUGGACUUGAUGCAGCUAUUCGCGUCAAAACCAGUCUGCACGUAUCACUCGCUAUCUUGACGUGCACCUCGCUCUCCCAUCGCAGGAUCCUAUUCUCCACGUCAUGACUCAUCCGCCCCAAUAUUCCCUCGCUCCCCCAUUUGGCUUAACGACACAUCAUCAUCUCGUCUUGCCACCAAGCUGAAUCGAGCUAAACAUCACCGUCUAUUCUAUAAAAAAUAAGACACAGAGUACAAAUCAGAAGCCCUUGUAAACAACACCGCGCACCUAUCUAUGGCCCAGAAUGGAUCCCGCAAGACUUCGCCUCCGUCCGAGAGCGUCACGGAGCCCCAAGACCUACUCAAGACGGCCGAGGAUCUCAUAAGGCGAAGUGGGAAGCUGUGCGAGGAGCUUCAACAACUUCGUUUUGCCGUGGAGGCCCAAGCUACGAAAGUCAACAACCACUGGCAUGCUUACAUCCCCGGCUUCAGCACCUUUUGGCAGGCCAACAUGACCCAGCAUCACCGCGCCGAGUCCCUGUUGCAGCGAUGCCAAGAACCAAGCGAGCCCGGCUCGGAAGCCGAGGGAUCCAUGCUUCGGGAUUUUAGGCUGCUGGAAGGGGAGCUGUCAUCGUAUGAGAACCACUGGUCCGCCAUCAAGAAAUGCCGUUCCGUCACCUGGUUCCGCUUCGCCGUGCCCUACGCAAAGCAGAACGUUCAGACCUCUGUUUUCAUCAGCGCCAUCGUUGAGAACGGGCAUGAGUGGAUGAGGGUCCUCAGCACGACCGAGCGAGCACUGUUGGUCCAGAUGGCCGAGGCAGACUUCCCCUGGGAUGAACCUGAGGAUGAGGACGAUGAUGAUCCGGGGCUGGCCGAGGUCCUCGACGACGAAACGCAAAUCGAGGUCCUAAAGUGCGCCAAGCAGCUCUUGACGGCUGCUCGCGAUAUUCACGGGGGAUAUCGUCACCGGAUACGCAUCGUCCUCCCCAAUAUUCAUCUCGGCAAAGUCCCUGCGAUAGACAGGCUCUUGAAAGGCAUUGAGAGUCUAGGUGACGACGCGAUUUCCCUCGCUCUGGAAUGCGCCGACGAGAGCCAGACCGCGCCUCCGCCUCUCGAGACCGCUGUAUCAAAUCUUCUCAGUCUCGGAAACACAACAAGCACGCCGCCGCUGACGCCGGUCCUCAAUAUUGACACAUCUAUUUUCGUCGCUUUGACGACGGACAUCUCUCACAAUGAGGGCUCACAGAGGAAAUGGCGGCCCAAAAUCCUCGAAGACGUCGCGGACGAGGCAGAGCACGGUCCCAGGCUCCCAAAGUCCCUUUACCCCGUCCUUCGCGGCCACACGCUCGUCUGCACUCGGGAAGCCGCAGAAACGUGUCUUCGAAUGGUGUACGACGCAUCUACCGAGUCAGAGGUCGCCAGGCUGGAAGUUCUCUUGGGCCAGGAGACUCUCCGAGGGAAGCAGGAUGAUAAAAUGGCCUUCCUCGACCGUGUCCUGCGGCAAGACGGGUGGCCCAUGGAGGAAAGAGACGAUGAGUCAACAGAGAGACGGCGCCGGAAUCUCAUCGCCGAACUGCAGAAGCUCUCUUGCCAUAAAGUGCCAGACGACUUGCAGCUGCCGAUCCGCAUUGUCGAAGACUUCCGCAGGGAACACGUUCAAGAGGAGAUACGCAAGGGAACGCUGCCAAGGGUAGUUAUGGCGGUGGAACCGACCCUCAACGAGACCAACUGCUCGUCUUUUCUGUUUGGCUGGAAGACGGGCCACACAACCAUCACCUGCAACCGCCACGCCGUGAGACGGCUGGGCAAUCUUGUCAAGAAGCUGCGGUGGUCUCGAGACGCGGAGACGGCCCCCAUUGUCGCCCUCGAUUGGGCUCGUGGGCUGGCCAAGAUUCCGUUCCCUGGGGAGUUGCUGGUGGAUGCGCCCAUCGAAGCCGUUUCCACUGUGUGAAAUUGACGAGCCAUGAAGCCCAAGUACCUCGAGUGUUGCGGCUGGACUAAGGAUAUUCUCUGCAAAAGAAUUGUGAAUACAUACGGAUUUAUUUCCCGGCAGUAAAUAAACACGAUGGGUUCUCAUGGGGGAGAUACAUGGCCAAUGGAGCCCAGGGAAGGGAAAGCGCGAGGCUUCACGAGGAUCUCAGAAGAGAUAAAGGAUACCGCCGUUUCAAGAAGAUGGGCGCGG